AUGUCUGAUUUAGCGAAGACUUUGUUAUCAGAAUAUUAUGGAUUGAAUUCCGAAUCGACUAACAAAACAUUUGUAUCUAUUCACAAAUCUAUCGAAAACGCUAAAGCUGAAGAGGAGAAACACUUUACAGAGCAAACAUCUGUCACCACUAAUGAAGAGAACGUUGUAUCUGAAGACGAGUAUCAGAAAGAUAUCGACGAUGACCGGAAAUUCAGUGUUGAGAUCGAGGAAUAUCGAAGACCAGUGAGAGCUUUCAAUAACAUUGAAGAUGCGUAUGACUCAGAUGAGAAUUCCGUUAUUUACGACAUCGAUUCUGAACAGAAACGGACAGAAUGUCCAAACAUUACUCCAGUGUUUGUUACUAAAGAGAAUGAUAUUAAAGACACAAACGGAAGCGACUCCAGUAUAACGUACGCUGAAGACAUUCUUCCGGACAAUCUAUCCGAUGCAUCUGACACGACGUUAAGAAAGUCACGAAGAUCUUCGAAAACUUGUACACCUUUGCCACCUUUGUCAAAGAAACCUGUCUGCAAUGAAAUAUUCGCAGAUUUCUCUAAUGCUGACCUAAAACAAUUCCCUCAAAAAAUAUUAAACGAAUUCUUAGACAUAAGGAUGCUGUACCUGGCUGAUAAUUCUUUAACUCAGCUUCCGAAUGAAGUUUUUACGACCUUAAGACAUCUGGAAUGGUUAGACAUAAGAAAUAAUCAAAUUUCAUCCUUGCCGAGUAGUAUUGAGUCACAUCCAUGCAUACAAACGCUUCUUCUUCAGGCAAACAAUAUGGAGGAAUUGCCACUGGAGCUUUGUAAGCCUUUGUACUUGUUACAAAGAGUAAAAUGA